UAGGGUUUUGCAUUUUGUGAGCGCCACAAGUUAGCAUUCAUCUUCGUCUCGACGUUUCUCUGUGCUAUUCCGCCUCCGUAGCUAGGUUUAAGUCGUAAGCGAAGAAGCAUGGGUCACUCCAACGUUUGGAACUCUCAUCCCAAGAACUACGGCCCUGGGUCGCGUGCCUGCCGUGUUUGUGGGAACCCGCAUGGGUUGAUCAGGAAGUAUGGGCUUAUGUGUUGCAGGCAGUGCUUCCACAGCAAUGCCAAGCAGAUUGGCUUCAUCAAGUACCGUUAAGGAUAGAUUCACAUCUGGUUCUCAGUUCGCAAUCAUUGGAGUUGAAUCAAGAAAUUGUUAUUUUUACUAUUUGUCUCAUUUCAGUUAGAAUUAGCUGGAGCUGUCAUAACCUGAUCAACCCUCUAGCACUCUAAUAUCUUCAGUUUUGGUGGAUGUUGAUGUUUUGAUUGUGCAACAAUUUGAACAAAUUGAUGUUUUGAUUGUUCAACCAUUUAAAAUAUUUAAAAUAUAUUGUUGAUGUUUUGAUUUA